AUGGCGUUCUCACAAUCCAUCAAAAAAGGACAAGUUCCUGUAAAUUGUGAAUUAUGUGAAACUGAUAGAACCAUUAAGUGGAAGUGUUUAGACUGUGAUCUUUUUUUGUGUAAUCAUUGUAAAGAAAAGGUUCAUUUCAGGGUAAAAACGGCAAAAGAUCACAAAUUAAUCGAUAUCAAAGACAUUGGACUACAACAAGAAGAACUAGAUUUUGCAAACAUUCCUUGUCAGAAUCAUGCUGGAGAAUACAACUGUCAUUAUUGUAAGACAUGUGACGCCCUGGUUUGUCAAACAUGCGUGAAGAAAAGUCACAAGGAACAUAUUCUAACUGAAAUUCAGGAAGAAUAUGAUGUGAAAAUUGAUAUGCUUAAAAAAGGACUUUGUAAAAUUCAAACGGACAGGAAAGUAAUAGUCUCAAGAAAUGAACAGCUUGUCCAACUUUCAUAUGCAGAAAAGUACAAUAAGGCAAACCAAGACAUUUCUAAGCAGGAAAAAGUUGUCAAAGCCGCUGUUGAAAGUUGUUUUAAACAACUACGAGAUAAAUUAGAUCAACACCAGAAAAAUAUCAAAUCUGAUUUAAACGUCGUCUCGGUCUUACUACAGCAAGCUGAUGAUAAAAACAAAGACGUCCAGGAAUCUAUUCGAAUGACUGAGGCUUCAAAGUUCUUUAAAGUAGUUAACAAUUUAGAAAAAAAUAUGGACACUAAAAUGCCAGAACCAAGGUCAACUAAUUACUGUAUGCCAAUCUUUGUUCCAGGUGAGAUCCAUCAAUCUAAUAUUGGGAUGCUCAAAUUUGAUGGCGAUCUAGCUGAUAAACCACACAUUAAGCUGGACUUAAAUAACCAUUAUGAAACUAAUUUUCUGGUCGGUUUAAUUUUAUUCUCAGGUAUUGGUCAGUCGUUCUGGAUUAGCUCUUGUAGAUUUGGUUCAAUUCAAAAAGUGAAAGCUGAUGGAAACAAAUUAAAGAUAAUAUCAAGUUUUAAUAUUCAGCUAUUUGGUGUGGCUGUCCUUCAAUCAGGUAAUUUACUUGUGAAUACGGGAAUAAAACUGCAACAAAUGAGUGAAAAAACAGGAACGCUAACAGACACAGUAUAUAAUGUGUCACCAUUGCGUCCUACGGCAGUCUAUAUCACCAGUAACAAUAAACUUCUCAUAGGAGGUAUGAAUUUUGACUCCCCUGCGCCAGGGAGACGAGUUGUUAUACUAAUGAAUCAGAAUGGAGCCCAUGAGAGAGUUUAUGAACAUGAUCAACACCAACUACCUAUGUUUGUGUAUCCCUACAAAAUAACCACGACCAGUAACGGGAAUAUCUAUAUAGUGGAUAGAAUAAGGGAUAAUGAAAAUAGAAUAGUAGUGUUAGGACAGGGCGGUGAUAUGCUCAAUAUUUAUACAGGAAUCCUACAGAUCAAUAAAAAUCAUCCAUUUCUACCAGAAGAUAUAGUGACAACACCACGUGACAAUGUCAUUGCCGCUGAUAUGAGAACGCAUACACUUCAUAUCUUGAACAAUGCUGGCCUGCUGAUGGCAUAUUAUAAAACAAGUGACAUAGGCAUACUCAUACCGUUUUCUCUUGCAUUCAGUCCAACUGGAAAACUCUACAUAGGAAAAAGUGGGCAAGGAGACAGUAAAAAAAUGGAAACUUAUUUAUACGAAGUGACCAUAUCAGGAUGCUAA